AUGCCUACCAUCAGCGUUGACAAAGCGGAGUUGUUCAAGGCUCUUGGCCGAGAAUACACCACCGAUGAAUUCGAAGAGUUAUGCUUCGAGUUCGGAAUCGAACUUGACGAGGAUACCUCGAAUAGCCCACGGCCGAUCGUUAACGGCAAGGAGGAGGCACCACAACUUAAAAUCGAGAUCCCCGCAAACCGCUAUGAUAUGCUGUGUUUCGAGGGCAUUGCCCUCAUGCUUCAGAUCUUCCUCGGGAAAUUCCCAUUGCCAAACUACAAGCUGGUGACACCGGCGAGCGGAGAGUUACAAACCCUCACAGUGUCGAAGGAGACUGCAGAAGUCCGCCCGUACGUCUCAGCAGCCAUCUUGCGGAAUGUCACCUUCACACAAGCAAGCUACGACUCUUUCAUUGCACUCCAAGAUAAGCUGCAUGCCAACUUGGCCCGCAACAGGACGCUGGCAUCCAUCGGAACUCACGACCUCGAUACUCUCCAGGGACCUUUCACAUACGAGGCGCUGCCACCAAAGGAUAUCAGCUUCAUCCCUCUGAACCAGACCAAGAAGUUGAACGGCGAGGAGAUUAUACAGUUCUAUGAAACUGACAAGCACCUUGGCAAGUUCCUCCACAUCAUCCGCGACAAGCCAGAAUACCCUGUUGUCUACGACUCGAAGAGGACUGUCUGCUCGUUACCCCCCAUCAUCAACGGAGAGCACUCUAAAAUCACACUUAAAUCGAGGAAUGUCUUCAUCGAGUGCACAGCGACAGACAAGACCAAGGUCGAGAUUGUAAACAACAUCGUGGUCUCGAUGUUCUCACAGUACUGUGCGGAGCCUUUCACAAUUGAGCCAGUCAAGGUUAUUUCAGAGCACAAUGGCGAGACCAGGAUCACCCCGGAUCUUACCUACCGCCGCUUUGAAGCAGAGGUCGACUAUAUCAACAACUGCUGUGGUCUCUCAGAAACCCCUGAACGCCUCUGUGAGCUCCUCACCAAGAUGUGCUACAAGGCCACCCCUUCCUCGACCGACAAGAACAUCCUCGACGUCUCCAUCCCGCAAACCCGUGCUGACGUCCUGCACCAAUGCGAUAUCAUGGAAGAUGUUGCCGUCGCCUACGGCUUCAACAGGCUCCCGAGGAGCAACCCCAACAAGUCCGCCACCAUCGCCAAGCCCCUGCCCAUCAACAAGCUCGGCGAUAUUGUCCGCCUUGAGUCCGCCAUGGCCGGAUGGACCGAAGUCAUGCCGCUGAUCCUGUGCGCUCGCGACGAGAACUUCAGCUGGCUCAACCGCAAGGACAACAACACGGCCAUCACGCUCGCUAACCCCAAGACCGCAGAGUACCAAAUUGUGCGCACCUCGCUCCUCCCCGGUCUCCUGAAGACCAUCCGCGAGAACAAGAAGCACAGUCUCCCAAUCAAGGUCUUCGAGGUCUCGGAUGUGGCUUUCAAGGAUGAGACGCUCGAGCGCAAGGCCCGCAACGAGCGUCACUUUGCUGCUGCGUGGUACGGAAAGACUAGCGGCUUCGAGAUGGUACACGGUCUUCUCGACCGCGUCUUGUUGAUGCUGAAGCAGGAUUUUCUAAUUGCAGCAGAUGUGACGAGCAAGAGCUUGGACUACAAGGUUUCCGAGAACCCGACGAAGCAGAACGGAUACUGGAUCGAGGAGAUCAACGAGGAGACUUUCUUCGCUGGCCACGCGGCUGCAAUCUGGCUCCGGAUAGAUGGAAAGGAGGUGAGGGUUGGAGAGUUCGGAAUCCUGCAUCCUACCGUGCUUGAGAAGUUCGAGCUGAGAUACCCGGUUAGCACGCUAGAGAUCAACUUGGAGGUGUUCUUAUGA